GUGACCCGUAUAUCAUAGCUGAGUUAGGCACUGGCAGGACGACUCGUAUCACGAAACACUCAAAUAAUAUGAUUUCCGAAACAAGUGACUUAUUUAACACUUUAAAUUUGAUAUUGUGUCAGUUCUAAGUGAAGUGAAUCGUGGAUUUCGAAAAUUUAUUUUAAAAUAUAAAAAUGAAAUUUUUAAUUGUGAUUACAUUAGUGCUAUGUUUCACGUCGAAGUAUUCUGUCCAGGGCCUCACAUCAGAAGAAGUAGCUGAAGUAACCGAAACGUGUUGCUCAUUUGGGGAGACGUUUGCGUUGGCAUCAUCCAGCAAGGAUUGUUCAGGUGCGGGCCUUCCUGACGAUUUGCAACCUGAGCAUAAGGAUGUCUGCAGCUCAUCUGUCAAGAGCUGCUGUGAGCAGCAGUUACAAAUCAAUGAAGAUUGUGAUGCUGGAAUAAAAUUAGCAGCUUUAAAGCGAUGUACGACUCCAAAAAGUGAAAUUGGAAAGACAUGUUGCGAAGAAUGUGCAUUUGGUAGACUAACUGGUGAGUCACAAGGGAAGCUGGGAUGUGGGGAAUUAAGUGAUGACUCCUUCAGUCCUACCAGUGCAUUGAGAAAGAAAGCCUACUAUCAAUGUUGCAUGGACGCCUCAGAAGAACUAGAGACUACAACAGAAAAAAAAGAAACAACUACCACUGAAAAACCUAAAGAAAAAUGUAAGGCUAAUUCUUGUGAUCAUAUUUGUACGGAUGACGAUGGCAAGUUACGAUGUUCUUGCCGGGAAGGUUUUAGACUUCAACCCGAUAAAAAGUCCUGUAAAGAUAUAAACGAAUGUGCUGAAGCUAUAGACGAUCUCUGUACGGCUGAAGAUACUGUCUGCCACAACACCGAAGGUUCAUUUAAGUGUGUUCCUCUAAAGAAGAGAGAUGUAAGUUUGAGCUGUCCCCCUGGAUUUAAACGAAAUGUAAUCAACCAAGUCUGUGAUGAUAUAAAUGAAUGUCGUCUUCCAAAACCUCCUUGUCCAAAAUAUUUAUGUGAAAAUACGAUAGGAGGUUACAAAUGCGCAGGAAAACCUGGAAAACCGUUCAGUGAGGAUGCUACAAAACCUACCCCAGAAUCUGGUGCGGGUACGACACCACGCACCAAGGUUGACAUUUGUCCUGUAGGUUUCAGAGCUGGUCCUGACGAUGAGUGUUUAGACAUCGACGAGUGUGAGGAGACUUUGGACGACUGCCAGCGAUUAUCCCAGCACUGUAUCAAUUCUCACGGCAGCUAUUUCUGCCAGGAUCAUGUUUCAAAGCGAUGUGCACCUGGCUUCAAGGUUAAUUCGGGCACCGGUAUUUGUGAAGAUAUUGACGAAUGCGAGGAAAGUUUAGAGGUUUGCAAAAGAAAUGAGGUCUGUAUCAAUCUGCCCGGAGCGUACAACUGCAAGUCCAAGAUCAGCACAUUACCAAAAUUAGCAACGAAAACAUGUCAAGAAGGAACACGUGUUCGACCUGGUGGAACUAUUUGUGAAGACGUAGACGAAUGUCGCGAAGGAUCACACUUAUGUGAUCAGUUUCAAAAUUGUAUUAAUACCUAUGGAGGGCAUGAAUGUCGCUGUAAAAAUGGCUUCGAGUUAGACUCUACCUCAGGAUCCUGUGUCGAUGUCGACGAAUGCGCUAUGAGACUAGACAACUGUGCACCCGGGCACCAUUGUCUGAAUGUUUUGGGUUCCUUCACGUGUACCCGACGUGCCUUAACCACCAGCACAACAACCGCAUUACCAGCCUAUGAAUACGAAUAUUACGAUUUUGAGGAAGAAACUACUGAAAUAACUGCAUCAACUACCUCUUCUACUACAACAUCAAGACCAACUACAACAAGUACUACAACACUACGACCCACUACUACGAGUACAACAACCACUACAACACCACGGCCAACUACUACUAGUACAACAAGCACUACAACACCACGUCCAACUACAACUAGUACAAGUACAACACUGAGACCAAAUCCGCCACCCAGAAGAUAUCCUCAUUAUCCGAGACCGGGCUUCCGAAGAACUACAACACCUAUUCCACCAUAUAGAAGACCAGAUUACUAUCCAAGAAGACCAGUCAAUACAUUCUCUCCAACAGAGGUAACAGUAACAAAUUCGAGAGAUCCAGUUACGAUAGAAAGAGAUAGACAACCUGACGGUAGUUAUUCUGUAAAUACGAGCGAUAUACCCAAAGAAACAUGGACUGUAGUUACUGGAAAAGAGAGUACCGAUGAUUUUGAUCCAAACCAACUCCAUUGUCUUAAUGGAUAUGAGAGGAACGAGCGAGGGGAAUGCGUUGACAUAAAUGAAUGUAGAAACAAUAGAAACAUCUGCGGUGUAUCAGAAGUUUGUAUUAAUAGUCCAGGCGGAUACAAAUGCGAGUGCAAGCUUGGGUACAGCAUCGACGAUUCUGGAAAGUGUGUAAUUGUAACACUUCCAACUGCUAGCAAGCCUACUACGACCACAGAGAGGACAACUCCUCGUGUAGAACCAACAGCGUCUACUCCAGGGAGAACUUCAGGGUGGUUACCGUGGAUUCCUGGUCGCAAUAACCCGCCACAAAAUUGUGAACUAGGACACACUUAUAGCAGCACUCAAAAGAAAUGUAUUGACGUUGAUGAAUGCGCGACUGGGAGAGCAAGCUGUGCGCCAGAGGAAGACUGCAUCAACACCGAUGGUGGCUACAGCUGCGUAUGCGGCCUGCGCUGCAGGACCAACUCAGCUACACCUGCUUAUACUUACCGCGAGACCCCCCCGUCUUACACACCGGAUUCGACAAUCAUAACAGUCGGGGCACAGUAUGGUCAGAGAGGAACCCACUACAUGAGGCCAACGUAUACGCGACUACAAGAGACGGGCGCGGUGGUCACCACUUGCCCAUGGGGUUACAAACUGACUCCCGAUAGGGUUUGCGUUGAUAUUGACGAAUGUGAACGCAACGUGUCCGAGUGUGGACCGCAACAGCGCUGCGAAAACUUCUAUGGAGGAUAUUCUUGCCAAUGUCCGCCUGGACACAGGAACAUUGGCAAGAACUGUGAAGAUAUUGACGAAUGCAGUUACGGCAAUAUAUGCUCGUACAACGCUCGUUGCGUAAACACAGUUGGAUCGUACCGUUGCGAAUGUUCGGAUGGGUUCCGUAACGCUCCGACCAAUGACAAAGUGUGCGUGGAUGUGGACGAGUGCGUCGACAUGCCAUCGCUGUGUGAGCACAGCUGUGCCAACGCCUGGGGUGGUUACCGGUGCUAUUGCAACCGAGGAUAUAGGUUGAAUAAUGACAACAGGACGUGUGUGGACAUAGACGAGUGUGAAGAGUGGGGCCGCGCGCGGUCCCGAGGUCGGCUGUGCGGUGGACGCUGUGUCAACGCGCCCGGCUCCUACCGCUGCGACUGCCCACAGGGGUACCGCAUCGGGGAAGACAAGCGCACUUGCAUAGAUAUCGACGAAUGCGAGUCGGGUGAGGCACGCUGCGGGCACGGAGCGGGUGAGGUGUGUCAGAACACGCGCGGUGGGUAUCACUGUCAUCACAUCGACUGUCCACCCGGCUAUCAGCUAGAAGGAAAACACAAAUGUACGCGUAUCCAGCGUUCGUGUCCGAUAUCAGAUUGGGGAUGUCUUCAUCAGCCCAGCACCUACAGUUACAAUUUUAUCACUUUUGUUUCCAAAUUAUUCCUUCCAAUGGGUAGUGUGGACCUAUUUUCAAUGCAAGGGCCAGGCUGGCUCGACUCGGUAGUAAACUUCGAAAUGCGUCUUUUGAACGUGAAAGCGGCGCCCGGCGUCGAGCCUGCAGAUAUUAGAUGUUUUGGCAUGCGACCUACAGCUAACGUUUGUGUCGUAUCUCUCCAAUGUUCGCUCGCCGGGCCGCAGGUUGCGGAGCUGGAGUUAACGAUGUCUCUGUACCAACGAGCACAGUACGCCGGCAGCGCUGUAGCGAGGCUCAUCGUUAUUGUAUCCGAAUAUGAAUUCUAAUUAAGGGAAUAAAUGUACAGUUUUUUAAAUAAAUCAUAAUUUAAAUAAUGUUCAAUCAAAGUUUAUUUUCGUGCUAACUUGAAACGUAUUAGAUGAAAAUGUAGACGUACUUACCAAAUUGUCUAAGUUAAUAUUUAGAGAUUAGAAUACUAUAAUUGUGUUCAGCAAUGAAAAAAAUUUGGACUUCUAUAUCUUUUGAUGUCGCCAUAAUUUAAAUUUCGUAAAUAAAGUAGGUAAUGUAAAAUUAUCAACUGUGCUUGUCAUAAGGACAAAACAAUAUUAUAUAUGUUAAAAAUAACGCCUGUCUAAUGAACUUUGUAAAUAUAAAAUGGCAGAAAGCCGCGUGCAGCGUCUGCUAAGAACACAAUUAUUCGAUGACCAUUUCUGCUUUUUGCUGUUGUUCACUUUUGGUUGAUUCUUGUUAUACUAUUAACUGUACUUGUAAAAUCGGUAAACUAAACUAUUCUUUUAAAAUAAUAAUAAAAAAUAUUCGAUUUACGAAAUAUUUUAAAUGAUGAAAUGAAUUCGAUAGAACUUAAACUACUUUAAGAUUACUUAAUUUUAUUUGUUUUAGAAUGUUUCCACUUCAUAAUGUAAAUUAAUAUUUAUUGUUAACUACGUUAUAAUAAAAUUUAACAAAAACGAUUUUAAUCUAUUAUUGCUAUUCAUAUGUUAUAACGAAUAUUGUUUAGAGAGGUAUAUGAACUUAGAUAACAAUGAUAUAAAUAUUUACAUUUAAAAGAAAUAUCAUUCUAGAUAAAAAAUAUUCACUUCUCUUGGGUCACUGAGCUCUUUUAUUCGACAUCCAUUUGAUGGUUAUUAUCGUCUUACUUACAUAAGUACAUACCUAUAUAUUCGUUAUGAAAUAUAUAACAAUUUAAUCGCUUUAUAUAAACAAAAGUUAAAAUAAAGAAGUGAUAAAUGUGAGGAAAAAAAUAUUACUACUUGAUUUUU